AUGGCCAAGCUUGAGGCCAAGGCCGAUCUAGAGGCCGGUGCAGCUCUCCCAAGUACCAAUUCUACUGGUACAAAGCCACCGAGUCAUCCUGAACCGCCCGCCCGCUUUGACUUCCAGUCCAUCCUCACUAUGGCCGAAGCCACCGAUCUGCUGGACCAGCUCGAGUUUCCAUCGAGUGACGGUGCUGACCUCUUCCGACAAGCUCGCACCCGGACCAUUGAUGCCCUUACCGAUCUAAAGCAGUGCUGCCUCGAUGCGAUGAGCAGCAAGUGCGCCGAUCGCGCGUCACAUCAUGGCUCGCGGCAAGCCUCCACGGCACUGGUCAAAACAACGCCAGCAUCAAACCCAAGUUCCGCCGCGGCUGUUCCUGGCCACACCGCUCUUCUCAAUGAUUCCCAACACUCCGCCCACGCGCCCCCUACCGAGGCAGCAGAAGCCACAUCGAUGUCUCCAACCCCACCAUUGCGCGAGGUUCUGGAGACCCUUGCUACCAGCAUUGUGCCGCUUGUCUGCGCACACUGUUACAAGCUAUUGAUAGGAGGCAAGGCUCUACUUUGCAAUGAUAGCUAUUAUCACCCCAAGUGUUUCUGCUGUCAGCACUGCCACCAACCCAUUACCACCACCCGCUUCCUUCUGACCAAUGGCCAGCCCGUCUGCUACGAUUGCUGCCCGAGUUGCGUGGUCUGCGGACUUACCGUCAUUGAGAACCACGUCAUGGUCAAUCAGACUCACUACCACCGCCUUUGCCUGCGCUGCAGUGCCUGCGAUACGCCGAUCCAACACCAGCUCUUUCUCCGGGACGACCAGGUGGUCUGCCCGCGCUGUAUUGACCCUAUCUUUCCCAAUCGCUGGUCGCGUCGCUCCUCCACCACGGUGGGCAGCACGCGACUCGCACACGAUACCACUGGCUCCGCUGGUCUUUUACCCCCCGGGCCGUCUCGCAGACGCCACAGCAGCCACUCAGCCACCGGACGCCGGCGGCGCAGCAGCAGCAGCAGCCGUACAGACACCUCCAGCAUGGGCUAUAUCCGACCCAAAGAGAACGCAGACUACGAACUGGUCCACCCUGACCCCCGAGAGUCCGGCGCCCAUGUAUACGAAUAUGCCUUACCUGCAGGUGCGCUGCAAUGGCUGCGUGGUACCGUCCCUGGGCAGCGCCCUCGCGGCGCGGGUGGCCAGCCUACCAUCGGCCAGCCAAUUCCUGAGGAGGCCGUGUAUGCCGAGGUGGAUGACGGCGACGGCAGCGGCUUGAUGGCAACAGCCACUGGGCAUCGUCGUCGCAGUAGCUCCGAAACCUAUGCAGAGCCCAACAGUGUCGUUGCAGACUCUGCAGUGACCUCGGGGGCACUCGCCUCGCUCUUGGCUGCCAUGCCGCACUGGGUUCAUGCUCGCGAUUUGGACAUGGCCACAAUCCUCGCUGAAGAGGAAGUUCACUUUUUGAACUAUUGCAGCCGAUGCAGUUUUGAGGGACUGUGCCAAGCACUCUUUUGGCUCGAUCUGCAGCAACUGCUAGACGUUGCUGGUCUUGCUACUCCAGUGGAGCUCGCCAACUACUGCGAAGGCAUUUAUGACAAGUACUUGACACCCGAUGCCGAGCUGGCUAUCACACUCCCACCCUCUCUCCUCGCGGGCAUGGAGACGGCGCUUCACGUCGAGGCCAUGAAUGACGUGUGGUUAGACGAGCAGAUACCUGAGCCAGAGGCUGCGAAUGUCGUUUCUCGUCUCACAGAUGACGACUUGACCACUUUACGACACUGCCAAAGCUGCGUACAACAAAAUCUACGUGCUCGCGUCCUCCCAGACUUUCUCACAUCUAGCGAGGGUCGACAUUACCUGAGCAAUCGCCGCAUGGCUGCCCGGCGUGAUGAGGCCUGCAGCGCCGAUCGAGAUGGUCAUUGCUUGCAGCCUGCAAGUUUAUGCUUUGUGCCUCGCACGGCUCGCAUCUGCAACGUCACGCGACACGCUUAUUCGCGGCGUGAUGUUGCCAUGGGAUACUCAUUUCGCCUCGAUGAUAGCACAAGCCGCGAGCCGCCAUCGAGCUUAGGACAUACCAAACCCGGCCCGGGCAGUGGAUGUGCCCAAGGCCGCGCCUCUCCGGUUUGGAAUCGCCAAGGCUUGAGCGAUCGCUUCAAACGUACCAUCCUGGCGUACGAUAUUGAGGUGGUGACCAAGGACGCGUGCUACACAAUCUCACGUCGCUAUCGGCAGUUUCGGGAGUGUCAUGAGGCCAUUCGACUAGCAUUGCCCGGUCUGGAGUUACCGGUGUUUCCGCCCAAGAUCUAUCUGGGUCACCUGCGCAACGUUGCUGAUCGUCGGCGAGACGAGCUCACGGAUUGGCUGGCUGCGCUCAUAGCUCUGCCUGCUUCACAGUUGGUAUCGUCACACAACACGGCACGGCAAGAGAUGGCAGGCAAAGACGCAGCGGGCGCCACCACUGAGAUGGCGCAGGAUGGCGAUGGCGCCAAUGUGACAGAUUUGCUGGCUGCCAAGCAGAAGGAACUCGAGGCCAUCAACGAGCGCAUUACCCAGGUGGUUGGCCAUGAACCGGAAAGGCGCCACCGCCGCCGACCCACAGAGGAGCGCCGAACCUCUUUUGGUGGCAGCCAUCGUGCCGGCACCGAAGGUGAACUGGAAGACUUGCCAGCGGUGGAUAACAAUAAGCUGCGUAGUGUCGUGGCUUCUUCCACGGCCAAGCGUGACACAAGCACCGAUGUCACAGAAGCACCCGUUCUGAAGAAGGUUGCAUCUGCUACCGUAGUGGCUAGCCGCUCCAGCCGCCCGUCCUUGGAAAAGAACGACUCCAAAACGACUGCUCGCAAUCGUCGUAUGUUUGGCAUGCUCAUGGGCACGUUGCAGCAAGCCUCAAAGCGGGCCGAGAAAAAGUCACAAUCCGAGCUGCGUUACAAGGAGGUAGAUCAAAAGUUCAAGGAGCAGCAAGAGCAGGAGCGUGAGGAAUAUCGUCAGCAGCGCAACGCACUCUUUGAUGAACGCCGCGAAAAGCGUAACGAACUCUUUCGUCUAGAGCAAGAAGUCGAGCUGCCGGCUUGGCAAUCAGCAUGGGAGGAUCAUGCCAAGAGGUUACGAACAUUCAUUCGCCUUAAAGCCGAGCCCCGCAUUUUUUUUGUCCCGGGCAAGCACAACGAUCAGACUCGAGCCAUGUUGAUCAACUCGCAGCAGGAGCUUGACCAAGAACAAGAGGAGCGCAAGAAAACCCAAUGGAAGGCCUUGGAUCCUCCACUCCGCCGUCGCCGCGAUGGUCAGGAGGCAGCAGACGACUCCAAGAUGCAAACCGCCGAUGAUGGUGAACAGGAUCAACCAGAGCGCCGCCGCGGUGAUGAGGAAUGA